AAAACUAAACGCUCACUUUAUUAGCUAUUCGCUUCUUAACUGCACUAAUCACAAUAUGGAAGUAUAUGUACACUAAAAGUUAGUGCUUCCGGGUUAACAUUCUUAAGUGAUUAAUCUGAUGUACUGUCGAUUAGUAUUUGAUAAAACGACACCCAUCGAUGUUAGCUCACCGCAGCUAAAAACAGCUAGCUAGGAGUUUAAGCUAAGCUAGUUUGUAAUUAGCCUUCCAUGUGCGUGAGAGGCAGCAAUGGUGUACAAGCGGGGCUUGAGGCUGUUGACAAAGCAGCUGGAUAUGUUAAUAAUCCCGUAUAUUUCAUUUGUACUGUUGUUUUAUCCAACUGCAUACCAGCCCGGUGAGGCGUGUGCUGCGAAGGAGGGGGGGACCAGCAGCGCCGUCACCCUGCUAUUGUGCAGGGCAUGCGGACAUGAGCUGGCGGUCGGGGCGGACAUCAACUUCGUUCCCAGUCGACUGGCGCUCUCCAGCCGCAACGACACUUUCAUAGGGGGCCGAAGGGUUAACAUCCAGCUUUUCGAAAACCCCCACGGAAACCAGUUUGAGGUGAUUACGUUCAGAAAAGCAGAAGUUACCCAACACUGGCCGGCAGAUAAACACUUCUCCUGGUUCCCGGGGUUCUCAUGGACGGUGGCCACCUGUCCUCGGUGUAAAAGUCAUUUAGGUUGGGCCUUCCAGCCCAGUGACUGGCCAGACACGGUCACCAAAACCAAAUUUGAGGAGUCAGAGCACACCUUCCUGGCUUUAAUCACCCAUCGUCUAUUAAGAGAAGACUUUGCCUCGAGCCUGCUAAUGACUCCAAAAUCCUUCAUGAGCUGAUCCACUUAACGAUUAACCCAGGUGCCUUGGUUGCUACCCAAUUCUAUUUUUUUAAAUAAAUUCUAUGCACCCACAUGUAAACACAGUAAAGUUUUAUUAUUUUUAACAAAGCAAGUUUAAACCUCAAAUUUUAAACAGUUUCUUUUCUCCGCAGCAGUAAAGAUAAAAGGUGAUUAAAUGCAACUUCUAUGAGAUAACAGGUAUUUUUAUUUUACCUAUGAAGUAGUGGGGGCCAACAUUUACAAGCUUUUUUUUCCAUUUUGUUCUUUAUUAAAAAUGUCAUUUCAAAUCUCAUGGAUAUCUGUAAAACAAUACAAUGAAAAAAAAAAAAAAGUCCCAUAGAAAUGGUGUCAAAAUAACCACUCUCCCCAAUAACCAACAUACUCCCGGCCCUCCCCCUAAACAUUACAAGUCAAAGGAAUGAGCUGGUACUCGUUAAGCACAUAGGGGGAAAAUAGUUUUCAAGGGAUCAACACCCCAACUGAAAAA